CUCGCAUGUGGUUUUAGCCUACUAGCCGUGGGUACAUGCCCACGACUCGGAAUACGCAAGUGAUAUCUGCUACUAGUCGUAUGCCGCGACUGAUAGCUCUUUAUAAUUUGUGUCUACAAGGUGUUUGGUGAAAAGGUAAUAUGGUUGUACAGAAGGAUUUAUCCAUGUUGAUUGGUUAUGUGGCCAGCCUCAGAUCGGCUAGAUUGUGCCAAUGGAUGAGGUGCCACUACACUGCUGCUGCUGAUGGAUUAGUGCAACAUAUACUUACAAGUUUCAGUUUCCUCCUCAAAUAUUUUACUUUAACAAUGGAUGCUUCCAUUGGUUUGGCUUCUAAGUACGCAUUCUCUGAUUACUUCAUGAGGAGGCAGGCAAGCAAGAUGUGGACCGACGGAGUGGUUCGAUCUGUGAUCCAUUAUUGGUUGAACGGAGCUGUGCAAAAAGAUGACAGUCAAAUUUUUGGUGAUUGUCUGAGACAUGCUACAAAUUAUCUUCUCAGGAAUCUGCUGCAAAAGCAAUUACUGCCUGGUCAAGGGGAAACAAUGGACAUGAUGCCAGUUGCAGAUCCGGAUGCAAUUCAUGCAUCUCCCACCUUUAUUAAGAAGGACCUCACCAUUCAACUCAAAGAUGAUCUUGCAGCAGCUCAUUUAUUUUUCUAGAUCAAAUGAUUACCUGUUUCCGCCAUCCCCUAUAGAAAAGAAUCAGAGGGAAAGCUUGAAGGAGCUUUAGGUUAAAUGUAUGACGAUUCAUCUGGUCAAGGGUAUGUUCAGAGGUUUAUGUGUCAGGAUGGUCCUGAUGAACACGCUGAAGAAACACGCUUGCCUCUCCACCAGGAUAACACUUUGUAGAGAUAGUGGAUGCCUGGAAACAAUGGAAAAUACGAAACAAGUCCUACUUACAUGAUCUAGGUUGACAGAGUGAUCGCAGACCUCAAAACGUUUUGAGUGCAGUAUUCGUCCUGAGCACACAAAGGCGUCCUCAUUGUUAUUCACUGCUACUUGCACUUGUAAUAUCUGUUUUCGUACCUUUUUGUGCUCGGCCAAAAUGGCAUAAGCCUCUGUACAUAUGCCAUGCAAAUAAUUCUGCUGUUGUAAUUCC